GAUGGUGUGUGUGGAGUGCUACAUGGACAGCAGAUGAGAACGUCGGGGAGGAGAGGAGGAGGACGAGGAAGACGAGGAGGAGGAGGAGGAGGGAGGGAGGGAGCGAGGGGGGGGGGGRGGGGGGGGGGKGAAUCUGCAAUAAUCCAAUUGCGUUGAUGGCGCUCACGGACAAGAAGCGGUUAGACAUUAGAUUGGCAAUGGCAGCAAUACGUGAGAGUAGAGAGAGCCUAAGAAGAGCAGGAGUAGGAGUAGGAGUAGGAGUACUAGGAGUAGGAGUAGGAGUAGGAGUAGGAGUAGGAGUAGGAGGGGGAAUAAGGGAGAAGGAGCGGCGUAUGGUAGAGGAACAGGAUUGGUGGUAUGGUGGAGGAGGGGGGGGUCAGAGCGACUGGUCGGAGGAGUCGUCGGAACUCUUUGACCUCCCUCUCUUGCCCCCCCUUUAUGCCCGAAGCACAGCAGAAGAAAGCAGAUCUCUUUCUAGUCCUUCUCGUCCUCCUCCUCCUCGGACCCCUCCUCCUCCUCCUCCUCCUCCCCCUCCUCCUCCUCCCCCUCCUCCUCCUUUCGCUCAUCCUCCUUCUCCUCUGCAGCUGAAUGGCAAUCCUCGUCCGCCGGCGCUCGAAAGCCAGCAAUUCUCGGAAGUCAGACAAGGCUUUGCCAGAGGCAGUGGUGGGCCCUCCAGAUCUUCCUCCCCUUCCCGAUCCACUGCUAUCCGGACUAACGGUCCCGAUAACCAUCGUCUUAGGGACGGUCCCGGUCCCGACUGGACGAAGCCGCCGAGUCGCGACAGCAAGAAGAAGCAGACGCACACGCACACGCAGAAGCAGAAGCAGAAGCUAAAGCAGACACAGACGCAGAAGAAGCAGAAGGAGAAGGAGAAGGAGAAGAAGGAGAAGGAGAAGAAGGAGAAGAAGGAGAAGGAGAAGAAGGAGAAGAAGGAGAAGGAGAAGAUCUGGGGCUUAGCCGCAGAUUCCAGGAACGGUUCGGAUGCAGCGGUGGUCGCGCUGGAUGAUGAUGAUGAUGAUGACGAUGGUGAUGAGGUUGAUGAGGACGAUGAUGAUGAUGAUGAGGAUGAUGGUACGUCUUCCAGCUGCGACUUGGUGGAGGAUUCCUUAGACGAGGAAGAAGACUCUGAGGAGGAAAAGUCGGCCUUGCUGGGGAAGGUCCAGAGAAGAAGCACCGAUGGUGGAAAAGGAGAAGAAGAAGUCGACAAGAAACAGAGAUCGAAUCACGUUUCUGGACUCGGCAACAACAAUGUGAAUUUCAAAGUACGUAUACGUAUGCCAGGGGACGAAGAGGGCAGCCAGGAAGGAGGAGGAGGGGUGGAGAGAAGGAAAAGGAAAUGGCAGAGACAGAAGGAGCAAGGAGAGGCAAGGAGACAAGGAGGAGGACAGCAGGAGGCAACGACAGCGCAGCCGCGAGCGCUACCUUCUCUUCCUUCCAAAUUGGAGGUCGGCGGAAACAAGGCCGCCCGGGGGCGGGAGAGUGCGCGAACUCCGCGGCCGCGGCUCGAGGAGGACGGUGAUCCUCAGCCUCAGCCUCAGCCUCAGCCUCAGCCUAGUCAGGAAAUGCCGUCGUGGUUAACUGGCGUGCCUUAUCGUCAAAGCUCAUACUACCACGGGCCUUUCGCGCCGUCAGAUCAAUCACAGGCGGAUGGUCCAUCAACGACAGGAGGUAGUAAUCAAGCAAGCAGGGAUACAGGUCAUAAUAGUCCGCUUGGCGCCAAGGACGUCAACGGGAAAUGGCCGAGAGAAAAAGGUACUAGAAUAGUAGCGUCCAGAGCUGCACGGGUAACAACCAAUCAAGGCGGAGAAGCCGAUGGAGGAGGAGGAGAAGGAGGAGGAGGAGGAGGAGGAGGAGAAGGAGAGAAACAGACGUGUUUGAACAGUUCUGCUGUGCCCAACACCUGGGUUGAUACUGUGUCAUCUCCUGUAAGACACUCGGCACGGCGAAGCUUGGCGGUUGCUCCUGCUGAUCUGCUUACGACGAAGUGCUCAGUGAUGUGUGUGGAUGGCAAGAUCGACGAAGAGGAGGCAAUUCAAGCGGAGGAAGGGGUGGGGGAGGAGGAGGAGGAGGAGGAGGAGGAGGAGGAGGAGGAGGAAACGAGGCGAGGAAUGGGUGAAGGAAUUUCUGAGGGCGACGAAGCGUCGACCACUUCCUUGAGCUUUCCAGACAAGGAGCAGAGGGAUGACGAUGACUAUUGCUCCUCGUCUUGCCGUGAUGACAGCCUGGCGAUGGCGCCGGCGGUUAGCAGGCGCGGUUUGCAUCGCCAUCGACAUAGCGCUAUAUGGUCGCACUCUGGCUCGUCUUCUUUCAACGGAUCCUCUUUUACUGCUUCGCCCGGCCAUAGCCAUGGUGGGGAAAGCUCAAGCUUCUCCUUCCCUUAUCCUCCCUCCCCAUUGCGAGGGAAUGCACCCGGCACGCCAUCUCUGGAACUAUUUACGAGGACGUCAACAACGAACCACAGCCUAGCCGCAAGCACUACAACGACUACAGAAGAUCGUGUCGUCGAAACGACAUCGACGACUCUCACUCUCAGAACGGCGGAGGAGGAAGGCAAAGAAGAACUUCAAGCCUCGUUCGAACAGGAAGGUCAUAUAAAUGUCGACGUAACCGGCGGCAGGGUAGAAGAGAGGAGCGUGAAGGCCGAGAGACGAGGAGGGGGCGCCACUGCCAUGCAGAGGCUGGAAAGAGAGCAGCUUUCGUCGUCAAGAGCGUCUGACGCGGCACCCCCGUUUGUCAGAAAGCCGGUGAGCAAAGCGGAAGAAGAAGAAGAAGGAGAAGAAGAAGAAGAAGAAGAAGAAGAAGAAGAAGAAGAAGAAGAAGAAGAAGAAGAAGAGGACGAUGUAAUUGUGGCUGAUAUUGCAGUCGGCAGAGAAGAAGGAGAAGAAGAAGAGGCUGCCGAUAUGCCCCUUACUGAUGCGACAAGGAAUCACGCUCGCAAUGCGGUUGGCAAUGGCAGAGAACCCGACACGCGGUCGAGUAAGGAGCAUUCCUCGGCGGCACAAAGCGGCGGCGAGAUCGAUGCAUGCGCUUCGGUCUUUGGCUGCGCAAGCCAAGAUCAUGAAGAUUACAAUUCCAGGGACGUCGGCUGCAAAGGUAGUAGUACUUUAGACGAGCGAAGAUGGGAGCUUGAGCAGGCCUUCAGCCCGCCGUUCGACGUCGGUAGGGAGGGGAGGAAUAGCCUGAGCAACAAAGGAGGAGGUGAGGGCUCGGAGGGAGGAGGAAGCAGUUGCCGGGCCGUACCAAGUCAAGCGCAACCGAUGCCGCCCCCCCAACCACAGCAGGAGCAGCAGCGGCAGCAGCAGAGAUUGGUGGCGAUGAUGAUGAUAAGGCAUGCCAGCGGAGGUGGUGGGGGAGGCGGAGGAGGGGGGGAAGGAGUAGGAGGAGCGGUUUGGGGGGGGAGGAAUGGUGCCCCUCUGCUGCUGCAAACGAGUGGGACGACCGGUGGAGCUUCCGCCCGGUCGUCCACUCAUUCGAGUCGAAGCUCCACUCCUUCGCGGGCGGCGUCCAGUCCCUCUCGCAUGGCUGGCGAUGCUGGGAGGUUGCUCAAAUCGUCAGCAACGGGAGCAGGAGGAAGAGGAGGAGGAGGAGGAGGAGAAGGAGAAGGAGAAGGAGGAGGAGGAGGAGGAGAUUUGGAGUCGGAUUCCGAUAAAUCUAGCUAUAUCAGCAUCAGUCCUCGACGCUAUUUUGCCUUUCCAGGCCAUCGGGACCCCUUCUCGUCGGGGUUUUCGAGCGGAUCCUCGUCCCCGGGCUGCGACCGUGCGACCGGGCGAUCCCGCGCUGCGGGUGCAGUCGCAGCGGCAGCAGGUGUUCUGCUGCCGCCGCAUGUACCAUUUUUUUCCCGUGCUGCCACGUGGCGCACCCCCAGUCUUAAUGUGCACAGAGAGCAAUGGUUGGAUGCCGCAGCCCCCACAGCGCCAUCAUCGCCUGCAAUGCCUAAAGUUGCUUCUCCUCCUCCUCCUCCUCCUCCUCCACAUGGCGAUGGCGGCCUAGAGAGGAAGAGGAUACCUGAAGCUGAGCAUCGCACUCUCAACGGAUCUUUAACUUACCCGUCCAAAUGCAUGGAAGGAGGAGGAGGAGGAGAAGGAGGAGGAGAAGGAGGAGGAGGAGGAGGAGGAGAGAAGGGAGUCUCGCAGAUUGACGUCAUCCAUCAAAAUGCGCCUAUUGCGUCGACGUCCCCCUUCGUCUCCAGGAAUGGGCAUCCUCUUACCCUUGAUCUGACUGGAAGACACGUGGCGGCCACAGGAGGAGCGAUCGAGGAGGAGGAAGAAGAUGCAAUUGGCACGAGCUCCAAGGAGGGGGUGAAGGAGGAGUUGAUUGUGAAUGCGAAGGGAGAAGCAGCACAGAAUGCGCACUCCUUGGUCCUCUCUUCCCACUCCGCCGCCUUAUCACGACGCAUGCCAAGUUUGUCGGUUGUGAGUCAGAUCGGCCCCCGGGCCGCUCUUUCUACCACCGGGCAGAAGCGAGCCUCGGUUCUCUCUCAGACUGACGGUCGCCGCCUUCUGAUGAAAUACGAACGAGAAGGAGAUCAUCAUCAUAAUCAUCAUCAUCAUCAUCAUCCAGCCCUCUCGACCAAUAUCACGGAUAUCGGCGGGGCUAUCACUUUGGACGCACAUUCGAUAAUUGCCACGUGGGAGCAAGGGAAGAUGGUAUCCUAUACUUCUACGCGGACAGAGGAGGGGAGGGGGAGCCACGGGGCGACGACGACGGUACGUCAGAGGAGGGAGAUGCUGCUAACGAACGAGUUGUCCCAGAAGAUCGUGCAAGUACCGGCAUUGCUUGGCGGCAGCAGAGUUUUGAGUUGUGCUGCAGGUACCGGCCCUGACACAUCAACGGCAGGCGAUCACGCGCAGCUGUCGGGGACGACCUGCAAUCUGCUACUCGACGGGAAGUGGACAUCGCCAGAUCGACGGUCAGGAUCCGCAGAUCUGGCCAGCGACUCCAGCAUUUCCGUCUCGUCAUCCUCCGCCACCGGCGCCACCGGCGCCGGGGAUAGCUACAGUGAUUGCGGGUUCGAUCCCCCGCCGACCCUGCCGGAGUCCCCCGUCUUCUAUUGCGUGAACGGCGUCGAUCUCCAUCUCCGAUCGGCGGCCGAUGGCGAAGAUAUGAUGAUGGUCGGUGAUGUGCGCGAUGCCAAUCUACUGCUUCUGCACAGGACGGCACAUAAGUUCAGCAAGAUUGUCUCCGGGCUCGAAGGACUGCUAGAGUAUGAUGACGACAACAACAACGAGGACAACGAUGGCUGCAGGUCAGACUGCGGCGAGGAACAAGGAGGAGGAGAAGAAGCGGACGAGUGUGAGGACCAGGCUGCCAGAGAGAUGGACGAAGAUGAAUCUAUGGUCAGCAUCUCUGGUGUGAGAGUGUGGCUAGAUGCAGAGCAUCUCGCGAGAAUGCCUGACAAUCCUCCUGGUCAUGGCGACGCCAUAGCCGCCGCGACCGUCCUCUCCUUUCCUUCUGCUUCUGCGGCGGCGGCGGCGGCGGGCGACUCCCGCCGGCCCCCCCUGAUCCUGGGCGCACCUUGCGCCGCCAGACUGGACGAGGAGGUCACGGGUCAUCGCGGACCUACUAUGGUUACCAGUCUGCAGCAGCAGCAGCAGCAGGAGGAGGAGGAGGAAUGGCAUCAUGAGACAAAGCGGCAGGAGGGGGAUAAAAGAACGAAGAAGAAAGCAUCAUCAAGAUUGGCGGCGUCGGCGUCAUCGUCGUCCUCGGCUUAUCAGACUCACUCUCGAUCUUUCAGUUCCGUAUUAUCCGCCGCUUUGGGCUGGGUGUCAGGUGCCCUCAGCCGAGCUCAUAAGGGGCGACGUCAUGUACGUGACGACGAGGGGGCGAACAAUCCCCUCUCCGACAUCCGACCAACGGCGGAGAAGGAGACGGCGGCAAAUGCUGUACGGCGGGAGGAUGGGGAGAGGGUGGGCGCGAGCCCAGCGCCAGCGCGAUGGGCGCCCUCAAGGCCGGGCGAGCAAGGAGGAAGGCAGUCAUGGGAACGACAGCCGGCGGCAAUGACAGAAAAGCAUCCGUCUCCAGUGCGUCAAUACGCGGGAGUUCCGCAGCCGCUUCCGCCAGUACCGCUCCAGAGCGCGCUCUCGUCAACGUCUUCACCCACUCUGCACAGGGCGGGGAGCCCGCCUCCGCGCUUGCCAUCCGCCGCGCGCUCUCCCAACCCUCCUCCAUCUCCGCUUCCCCCGCGCGAACGAUCGAACAGCGCGGCUCCCGCGGCGUCGCGGGAAGGUGCAGGGGCAGAGGAGGACGAUGUCGCUUCGAGGGGAGUCUGCCAUGGUACCGGCGGAUUCUCUCCCCGCUCGAACGCGGCAGGACGCGGCACCUGGCGCGCCACUGAGCUCCUACCUGCGGAGGGGGCGGGCGGUGGGCCGCCUCCUGGCGGGCCCCCGCCGCCGGUUGGCGAUGCCCCGCCUGCCAACGGUAGUACCCUGCUGGUUUUCGAAGGAGACGGACGCGGAGGCGGAGGCCCCAGGCCGGGGGCGUGGACCGCGCACAACAAUCACGACCAAACGGGCUCGGCUGCGCUGCAAUGGCCGUCCCCGCGGAUGACCUCCUCCUUCUCUGACUCGGACCCCGCGACCGCCACCCUCCCAGUGCAUCGUCCCAAUUCCAAUUCCACCAGUAGUCCAGGGCAAGGACGGCAGUCCGCGGGGUCCCCGCGAGGCUCCAUACCAGUCCCCGGCGUCGACGCGGAAGACCAGCCAGUCCGGCAGCUGGGGACUCUGCCCGGGCCGGCCACGACAUCUCCCGCUGGUGCUGCUACCUUUACUACCACGACGCCUACCGUCACGACAAGAGCCACCGAGGAAAAUAGCCGUAGCCAGGCUAACAACAACAACAAUAGCCCUAUCAUCACACCUACACCUACAGGGGCCCCUACCAGUUGCGGAGCUUCCGGUAGCGCCGUUGCAAUUCCGGCGGAAAGCGGAGGCCUGCCUGACGACGCACCGACGACUGAGGACGAACCUACCGUACCGUCUGAUGACCUUCAAACCGGGGGGUGUUGUAUGCGGAUGGAGGAACCGAACUCGAGCGCUGCUACCGACGGUGGUGGGGGGAGCAGUAGCAGCGGAAGCGGACCCGCGGGCGGCGCUUCUUCUGGCCGGAUCGAUACCGACGUGGCAACGGGAACCCGCGCAGCAGCUGGGGAGGAGGAGGAGGGUAGUAUUGGCGGGAGCGGCGGUAAUACGUUGGGACAGAUGCCCGUGGGAACAUUCCAUGUCGAGCAUGAGCGCGCACCUGUGGUAUCGCCCGAACAAGGUUCGUCUUGCUCGGCGGGAGGAAGAGGGAGAAGGAGCGGACCGAGUGCGUGGGGGGAACGUUGGUGGGGGGGCGGGCAGAGUACCAUAGAGUCGUGCAAAGGGGGGGUGGGGGGAUGUCUCAACAUGGCGGGCCCCACAGGCGCGCCGGCGCCUUCGUUGGCGGAAAUGCAGGAUCGGAGCAUGAGCCGAGACGCUCUCCAACCCGACAGCGACGGUUGGACUGGGGGUUGUUGUUGGGAUCGCGGCGGAGGAAGAGGGUACGAGCCAAUCUCGAUGACUCGCUUGUGCCCUCCGAGGAACUGCGGGACGCUAGCGGCCAUGGCUUGGUGGAGCGCGGCCACGGGGUCCCGACCCCUCACCCUCUUCUUCCCCGGCAUCAGGAUACGCGAUGCGGUCAUGACUGCUGCCAGCCUCCGCCUCCUCUCCUUCUGGCUGGCCGUCGUAGGCACGGCUAUGUUGGUUCUCGGCCUUCCCAUUGGCUUUCUGCCAUCGCUAAUCAAGAACAAGCUCUUCGAGCUGAGCCUGGGAGCCUUCGUCCUGCUUGGAGUACCUGUGAGGGGUGCAAGCGUUGUUUUCUCUCUUUACUAUAGGGAUCUCGUCAUGGUCCUCAUCGACAUGGUUAUGAUGAUGCUGGACAUCAGCCUGGGAGUCAUGCUAAUCGUACUCGGAGAUCUGGGCCGGAAAGUGCUCACCAUAGCGCUAGCGUCAUGGUUCAUCGCGAAAGGCAUCUUCGAGAUAUGUGCAGGUGUCUGUACAGGGUCGUCAUCGAUGUCAUGCUGGGCGAGGUCGGUAGUUCUGUUCAGCGCGCUUUUCAAUGUCGUCCUGGGCACAAUGGCCGUGCUCCUGUGGCCUAGCUCUCAAAAAUGGUACCUGGGACUGCUGGUUGGUGUUUAUGUCACCACUAACGCCAUUCCGUUAUUACUUGUGUGUUCGAGCGAUAUCCAUGUCGAUAAAGGAGACGAAAGUGCGGAGGAUCCGAGAAACCAGGACCAGUCGAUGGCUCCGGACACUGCCUUAUCUCCAGGGCGCAGUUGGGAAGUCUCAAAGAUUGCUUCAAGGGACAGGCUGAGCAUCAGAUACUUGGUGGAGUGCUUUUUGUCUUGCGUAAGGGGCGCAGUUGGCAGUCUCAGAGAUCGCUUCCAGGAUGGACCGAGCAUCAUAAACUUGGAUGGAGUGCUUUUUCGUCCUGCGUACGCGAUGACGUCGACUGCACAACGACGUUUGGGAAUGCCUUUGUAACAUCUACUCCGUUUCGUCUCUUUUCCCUUGCAACGGCUGGACGUGUAGCGUCAGUGGGCGGCAGCGGAGGCAGAUCUGCAGACUUGCUGUACAGGGUGGGUCUCUGGAAGGCCCAAGGGUUUAGCGGCCCGCGUCGGUAAGCGUGUCUGGAACGCGCAAGGUUGUCGUUGUAUGCUGAGGGGGAGACGUUUUUUUCCCGGCUCGAGGGUAGUUUUGUUUGCAGUUCGGGAUUAUUAUUAUUGCCUUAUGUGGGUUUCGGGGGUUGUUUUUUUUCCUGGUUUUCCCCCUGAUCAAGGGGUAGCAAAGAGGGUUGUUGUCGGGGCGGGGGGUUUAGAAAGGGUAAAUUGAUCUUGCUUCCGGAGCUAUAGGGCAAGAAAUGCCUUGCGAGUGUUAUUUAUGCAGUUGUCGUUUUGGUCAGAGUAUUCUGUGAAAUAAUAAUAGUCAUACUGGGGAAUGGUCUAUAAUAUGCUUUGGAGUCCUCAGGAGAGAUCAAACCCUUUGCGGGUUUCCGUGCAGUCUUUUGUGCCCUUUCACCAUUGUGGUUAAUAACAGCAACAUGGGGGCAGUCUCUAACUGGUUGGAGCCUUUUCGAACUGGGCAUCGGGGGGAACGCGAUGAUAUAUUUUUUGGCUCGAGAGGGAUGACCUCGUCGGUCUUAUUCGGUAAGUUUAAGUUGUUUAACACAUACAGCCGUCGCUUUCCGCCUCCCACACCGCGUGGUGGUGGUGAUGAAGAUGAAGAUGAAGUUGCAAUAAAGCGCGUCUAGUUAGUAGUGGCAAAAUUCGCGUUGCACGAUUUUCUGUCGUGCCUUGCUGGGCUGGCCACUUGCGAGCAAGGACCCUCAAGUAGUAGUAGUAGUAGUAGCUCCUGUGGCCCUGUGGGCUCAGUCUUUGUAACUUAACUUUUCUGAUCGCUAGCCCUUGUGCCGGUAAACGGGACGCUGCACAUGUCUUCGCGCUUAUCUUUGCGGAUUUCAAUUUCUUGAGCUGCUGACCAGAGAUCCCAAAUUAGGUCAAGUCUUCCGGUCGAAGGCCCGAGCUGAGGAUUACACAGACCGACCAUCAAGUCUUCCGAUCGAAGACCCGAGCUGAGGAUUACACAGACCGACCAUUCCCAGCUUUUCUUGGAGAAGAUGGACCAGCGACCUCGCCGACAGAAGAGAGCCAGGCCAAAGCUGGAGUCAAUACAAGUGAUGCUGGUACCUCAGUGCUAUUUGCUUUCAUCUGUCAUUGAUUAGACUGUGACUUAUGCGCGGCGGCGGCAUGUCAAGAGAUCGUGUGGCCCUCUUUCUCAGUGUGCAAGUAUGUAGUAUAUCCUUGGGCUUUUUCUGAGUGCAACCUGUAUGCUGUUCGCCUUUUCUCCUGCCUACAUAUGUACCGUACCCUUUUCCUUCUUUGCUGUCUAUACACAACUCUGAUGCCAUCCGCUAUUAGGAAACUACCGUCUUCCCCCGAACAUAACGCACCCUGAUAAUGAACGUAUUCAAGCUAGCUUUCCAGUCUGAUACGGUCAAAAUGAGGGUGCGUUGUAUUCAGGGGACAACGGUAGGAGCUUUUGGAGGGUGGGCAUCUCUCCGGUCUUGAUCUUUGCAUGUUUACAUAUACUCAACAUUUGUCCUCUGUAUGACUCAACCCGCCAUUUCUGUAGUCGGACGGAUCAACUGUUAAAAACCACGGAGAAGGAGAGGUGGAUUGGCAGGAGAGAACUGUGAUAUCUGAAGCCAAUGUCUUUCAGGAGGCAAGGGGUUUGCUUAGCUUUGUGUUCUGCAAGAUGUCAGUUCGGAUUGAGCUGAACAGGCCAACAACUGUUCAUGCUCUGCUCCAGAGGGGCUUUUGUUUUACGUCUCUCAAAGUAGGUUAGGCAGCGGUGAUGUCACAUUCGUCAUGGGUGUGCACGGAGGUGUAGUUGUUUUGUGAGAGAGAUCAUUUUAGGAAAUAAAGUCCAAGGUACAGU